GCUGGACCAGAGUAGUGGCUGGGUCUUCAUCUUCUGGUUGGUACUUCGGUUCCCUUAAUUCGUCACCCCCUUUAUAAAUUCGUACCCCAUUUUGAAACCUUCAUCCUCCCACUCACCCCUCUCUCUCUCUCUGCAACACCCACACACUUUCUCUCUCUAAAUUUCACCGUAAAUUCUCACACUCUGUUCUCCAAAAAUCAAUCACAUUGAUCCUCAAUCACUAACAAUCAUCAAAUCCUCACAAUCUGUUCUUCAAUUAUCACUUUCAAUCACUUUUAAGCAUUAAAAAUAUGGAAUCUUAUGACUUUAUCGACAAUAUCAAAGCCGAAAAGGCAAAUGCACUCGCGCGAUACCGAACGUUCUCCAACAUCUCCAAACUGUUUCAGUUACUGGAGGUUUUCGUCGCCGUUGCCGUGAUUUCGUGGUCCUCAAGUCAUCUUCCUCUCGUCAUUAAAUUCUCCGGCGAGUAUGUGACGUCAUUUUCGUCUUAUUUUGCUAAUCAACACGUCGUUUUCCUCGUCGGAAACCUAAUUGUCGUUGUUUGUUACGUACUUUCUCGUUAUUCCGAUUCCGGCAACGAGUUAAGCGAUUCUGAGUUUCAUUCCGGUUCCGGCACCGAGUUAACUCACCGGAAAACCGUUUCCGACGGUACGAAUGCUAAACCGGUUCAACCGCAAGCUGUUAGGUCAUUUAAACCGUCGGAAAUUCAAAAUCCGGUUAUCAAAACGGUGAAAUCGGAGUCGGAAGUUGCUGGAAAAACGGUUAUUACGCCGGAAACGAAGCAAAAUGAACGGAAAUUUGAGAGAACGAGAUCGGAGAAGGUGAAGAGUCGGAUUCCGGUGAAGGCUGACCGAGAGUUGCGGCGGUCGGUGACGGAGAUGAGGCGGAGUGUGGCAGUUACCGGUGGAAAAGAAUCGGUUAAAGCUGUCGAGAAACUGAGUAAUGAAGAGUUUCGGAUUGCGGUUGAGACGUUUAUUAUGAAGCAGCAGAGGUUUUUGAAGGAGCAGAGUAUGAUUGAAGAUGAGAGUUGAAGUUUGAAUGGAUAUAGUAAUGAAAGUUUUAUACAGUAGUUACUAUUACUUCCACAUUGUUGGCUAUUGUUUUAGUCAAUGGUUUUAUAUCAAAAUUUAAAAAUAGAUAUUGAAGUAUGAUAUAUAAAUAAUUCAAUC